AGUUAUGUGAUAGUUAUGUAACUUGAUGCUAAACGCAGUUUCAUAUGCCAUAAGCACAGUAGUAAACGAGCUGUAUCAAUACUGUACUUCCCUCAAAUAAUUGCUUGAACCAAGUACUCAAGUGCCCAGUACUGAAUGUCGUGCCCGUAAGAAUGAAACAACUUCUGAGUGAGCAAAUCAAAGUAUGAUGCAGUAGAGAUCAUGUCUCUCAGAAACCCUGGCGGAGAGAUGGAGGGGAGCCCCGAAAACGAAGGAGCAAGAGGGGAUGGGGCCAUGGUGUCUUACCGCCCAGAGUUCAGCUCCCCAGAGGAGUACAGUCCCAUCAGGACCAGCGCGAGUGUCUGUACUGGGAGCUCCAGCCCACAGAAAGGGCUCGGGGGAGCCAGCUGUGAGCCGGACUACUCUGAUGACUGUGAGCCAGAGGACAGCCAAGAAUCUGACAGGGCUAGCUCCACCCUGACCUCCCCUUCGCCGAGGAGACAGCAGGGCGUAGAAAGAGGCCCACGUAGGGCUCACAGUUUGAAAGCCCAGAGCAAGCCAGCCCUCAGGAGGGCGCGGCGCUGGAUUGCUGUGCCGAGCCACAAAGCUCGCAGCCUCUCCCACGUCCAGGCGUGCGGGCAACCCCCGAGAAGAGGCCCCAGCCAGCGCAUCAUGUCAGCACGGCUCCAUCGCAUCAAGGAGUUAAGCAGCCAAGUGUGGGACCUGCAGCAGCAGCUGAACGCCACCCUCCUGGAGAACCGCCUGCUGAAACGGCUGCAGGGCCGCCACACCGCCGCCCUGCGCAGGUUCCAGGACUCCCAGAACUGCCUGCCGCAGAUGAUCGCCAAGCACAGCGGCGAGGUGCGCGCCCUCAGGGAGCAGCUGCGCAGGUCCCAGGAGCACGGCCUGGCCGUCUCCCGCAAGCUGCGGGCCGCAGAGGCUGAGCUGCUGCGCAUCAGGGACGCCCUGCAGCGGCUGGAGCAGCUGGCCCAGGACAGGAGCCUCGAGGAGCGGGACCAGCUGACACACAAGCUGGGCCGCCUGUCCCUGGACAUCGAGCUCAAGACCAGGAGGAUACAGGAGCUGGAGAAGAAACUGAAGCUGAACAGUGCUGCGUUCACACGUCACCUUGCAGCAGAAAGCAGGAAGACCCUCGAAGCCCGAGACCUCACCAAGUUCCUGCAGAUGGAAAUUAAUCACCUCUCACAGAAGAUCCAAGAAAAAGAGCGAGAAUUAGAGAUUCAUAAUAUCUAUGCACACAGAGUUCGUAAAGGCUGUCACAAAAAAGUGACGAAAGAAAGCAGAUGGGUUCAGACAGAGCAGCUCUGCCUGCCAGCUGCAUCGCCCUGUUUCAGAGCCGAGACAGAGGACGGGUCGGUAGAGCAACAGGAGCUGGACCAGGUCUGUUUGGCCAUCAGUUACACAGAAACCCACGAGAUAUCUCUGACUGAAACACUGGAAGAGUCCAAAGGGGACAGGAGCCCAGACCGAGAGGAGACAGGUCACAGUUCAGCGCAAGAGGAAGAGGAAAGCAGCGACACUGAGGAAGAAGUAGGAGUGAAUACGGAGAUGGAGGACGGGGGAGGUUUCCUCAAUGGGCUUCCAGAGCCCGCGGAGGCAGGAAAGGCCGAGGAGGCAGCCCAGGCAGAGCCGGCGGAUCACGAGGACGGUGAUCUCCUGCUAGACCUGGAGGACUUCCUCAGCUCGGCCUGCAAGAGCAGCAGCCACUGCGGGUCUCCUGCCAGGGGCAGGCGACUCUACCGGUUCAAGGAAACCGUGCAGAACCUGCACCAUGGAAGGCCGGCUUACGGCACGCCCACGCCCGCCGCAAGGAGGAGUCCUCGAACCCGGGGCCGCAGACAGCCCGAGCUGGACGACCUGGGGCUUGGCGGCUACGAGCCGUCUUUUGCAAAGCCCCCUGCUGGACUCAGCCAGGGAGGAGGCAGACCGGAGGCGGAGGCAGCUUCGGCGAGGAGCAGGAAGAGCUGCCUGAUGGACGAGCUGUUUGGGCAGCGCACGCCAGCCGAGGGCACGGGCACGAGGAGGGGCAGGGGCAGAGACACGGGCCCCCAUGGGGGAGCGACUGCGACUGCGCCCUGCCGCACACAAGGCGAGACAAAGAGCCCAGGAAGAACAGGAGCUCCGACCUCUUCCUGUAGCCCCCCGUUCUCCUUUGACUGGAACUGAACAUACGCGAUAACUGCCCCUGAAUGGAUUCAGAUAUUUUGAUCAUUUAAGUCGUAGUUGAAACCGAAAACAGUGUUGUUUUUAUUGCACUUUUUUUAAAGAACAGAUUUGACAUCAUCUGUACUUAUAACUUGUUCAUUAAACAAUGCUUUUUUGAGCACCA